UUUUCUUUUAGCUUCUCACGCACGCAAUCAAAGCCUGUUUCCCCUUUUACAAUUCUAGGGUUUUUUUUGUCCUUCUAUUAAAACUCUCCCUUGAUUUCGUUUUCAUGUCUUUUUCGUCUUCUCGAGAAGAUCAAUGAGAAAGUGAAAAAGCCAUGACUCGAAUCAUAAAACGUAGCAACAGUAGUGAAACUGAUGCUAACGAUUCCGAUCAUCAACAUUUUAGUGAUCGUAGAACUCUUCGCUCUCGUUAUCUCGCUGUUAAGAAUCUUAUUUUCGACGAAAGGGAUGAUAUGUGUAGGGCUGACUCUGCCAAAUUCAACUCAAUUUUUAAUGAAGUAGAGAGCUUACAUCAACAUGUGCAGAAACCAAGAGAACAGAUUGCUGAUGCCGAGGCACUUUUGGACAUUACCAACAGCUUGGUUACAUCUGUGAAAGCAACAAAUGGUAACGGGAUUACUGUUGUCGAUUUUGUCAACAGUCUUCUUAGAGACUUCGCGAAACAAAGCGGACUAGGUAGUAGUAGUAGCAGUAGACAGGGUGGCAGAACCUUAAUAGAUUACAAGAAGAUCGGGAUUGAAGUCUCACAUGUUUUUAGGAGCAGUCCUGGAUGUCGUACCAUGAUUGGGCCUAUGAAUACACAACUAAAUCAACGGAGAGCCAGUGUUUGCAGAAAACGGGUGAGACCUACAGAAAAUGUGCAUCCUGCAGAGGUUGAUGAUGCUGAUACACAGAAGAGGACAAAUACCGAUGGUAAUAUGUCCACCAUGUUUGACAUUCUGCGGAUGCAUAGAAGAGUGAGGCUUGAACAUUUGGUAUUGAAUAGGAGUUCUUUUGCACAAACAGUGGAAAAUCUAUUUACCCUGUCAUUUCUGGUUAAAGAUGGGCGUGCUGAGAUAAAAGUGGAUGAGAAAGGCUUUCAUCUAGUCUCACCAAGGAAUGCUCCUGCUGCUAGGGCAGUUACGUCAAGAGAGGUUGUUUACAGCCACUUUGUUUUCAGAUUUGACUUUAAUGAUUGGAAGCGGAUGACAAAUUAUGUUGAGGUUGGGCAGGAGCUGAUGCCCAAUAGGGAUCAAGUUGAUGUUUCAAGCAAAUUUCACUCAGAUACAUACAAUGGACAAUUUGAAGCAACAGAACCUACAACACCAAUUAGAAAGCUGUCCAGGAACCGUGGCUUGGUUUUACAGGAACAGUAAAUGGUGGAAGAUUUAUCUGAGAGUACUGACACAGAACAAAGACGUGCUGCCAUUGGCUGAAUUUUCAAGGUGAAUGCAGAGACUUGUACAGCAUUUUGUCAGGGAAAUUUUUUUGGGUGUUUUGUACAUAAAUUAUAACUGUUUAGUAGCGUACAGCAUAGCCUUUGUUUCAUUGGUUGAUCAUUUAUGAGUAUUUAGGUAUUCUAUAA